AUGCUACGUGGGCACAGCUCCCGCCCCAGCGGCUCCAGAAAAAGCAGCGAAAAUGGCUAUGUUCUAAGCGUCAACAUUUACGGACGGGGAGAUGUCCUCCAGGGUGAUCUCCCGGCACACUGGGGAGCGAUGCUCCACAAGCGAGGGGACCCGGACGGUGAUCUCUACCAUAUUCGCAAGAAUGAACACUUCUACUACGAAAGUCCAACACAGAAACGUGCUGUUGAAUCAGCUACCUGCUACGGUCGAAUGGAAAUCCAGCACCUCUCGAAUACGGGCAAGGAGACUGCGGCACGAAUCUUGGAUGCGUAUGGAAAAGACAAAUUCAACCUUCCACAUGGACAUGCAAACUCUCAGGAUUGGACUGUAGGUGCACUUGGUGCCCUUGAACGAGAGAGACUGGUGCCUAGGGGCACCAAAGACUACUGGAGCCAACAUAUCGGACUGGCUUCUUUGGAUGCUGCCAAUCGAGUCCGGCAAGAUGGCGGCUCUUGGGUUCCGGUAACCGCUGUCAACCCCGGAGGACGAGGAUGUGCCGAUGCGACCUUUGGGAAGGAGCAAGUGCGAAAGCCCGUUGGUCGCCUCAAUUUGGACCAGUUUGCGGGCAUCAGUGGCAGCAGUCAACCCAGGUGGUAA